AUGUUUGGGUUAGGGCAUUGCAUGGUUUAUAUCGUGGUCUUAAGUGCCAUUGCGGCUACAGCCUACCCAUACUCAUCUCCUCCAACACCAGAAUACAGUUCACCGGUCCAUCAACACAAAUCACCAUAUCCACCCAAAAAGUAUUCCCCAUCCUACUCGGCAUCACCAGCUCCUCCACCACAAUACAGAAGACAAGGUCCGAAGUACACGCCACAUCCAAAACCAUACGUUUACAGCUCUCCACCUCCACCGUACUACUCUCCGUCCCCUAAGGUUAGUUACAAGUCUCCACCCCCACCAUACGUUUACAGCUCCCCACCACCACCAUACUACUCUCCUUCUCCAAAGGUAGAGUACAAGUCUCCACCCCCACCAUACGUUUACAGCUCCCCACCACCACCAUAUUACUCUCCUUCUCCUAAAGUCGACUACAAGUCUCCACCCCCACCAUACGUUUACAGCUCUCCACCACCACCGUACUACUCUCCUUCUCCUAAGGUAGAGUACAAGUCUCCACCUCCACCAUACGUUUACAGCUCCCCACCACCACCAUACGUUUAUAGCUCCCCACCACCACCAUACUACUCUCCUUCUCCUAAGGUCAACUACAAGUCUCCACCACCACCAUACGUUUACAGCUCCCCACCUCCACCGUUCUACUCUCCUUCUCCUAAGGUAGAGUACAAGUCUCCACCUCCACCAUACGUUUACAGCUCACCACCACCACCGUACUACGCUCCUUCUCCUAAGGUCGACUACAAGUCUCCACCCCCACCAUACGUUUACAGCUCUCCACCACCACCGUACUACUCUCCUUCUCCUAAGGUCGACUACAAGUCUCCACCCCCACCAUACGUUUACAGCUCCCCACCACCACCGUACUACUCUCCUUCUCCUAAGGUCGACUACAAGUCUCCACCACCACCAUAUAUUUACAGCUCCCCACCACCACCGUACUACUCUCCUUCUCCUAAGGUCAACUACAAGUCUCCACCACCACCAUACGUUUACAGCUCCCCACCACCACCGUACUACUCUCCUUCUCCUAAAGUCAACUACAAGUCUCCACCCCCACCAUAUGUUUACAGCUCUCCACCUCCACCAUACUACUCUCCUUCUCCUAAGGUAGAAUACAAGUCUCCACCCCCACCAUACGUUUACAGCUCCCCACCACCACCGUACUACUCUCCUUCUCCAAAGGUCAACUACAAGUCUCCACCACCACCAUACGUUUACAACUCCCCACCACCACCAUACUACUCUCCGUCUCCUAAGGUCGACUACAAAUCUCCACCCCCACCAUACGUUUACAGCUCCCCACCACCACCGUACUACUCUCCUUCUCCUAAAGUCAACUACAAGUCUCCACCCCCACCAUACGUUUACAGCUCUCCACCUCCACCUUACUACUCUCCUUCUCCUAAGGUAGAGUACAAGUCUCCACCCCCACCAUACGUUUACAGCUCCCCACCACCACCAUACUACUCUCCUUCUCCUAAGGUAGAGUACAAGUCUCCACCCCCACCGUACGUUUACAGCUCCCCACCACCAUUGUACUACUCUCCUUCUCCUAAGGUCGACUACAAGUCUCCACCCCCACCAUACGUUUACAGCUCCCCACCACCACCGUACUACUCUCCUUCUCCAAAGGUCAACUACAAGUCUCCACCACCACCAUACGUUUACAGCUCCCCACCACCACCAUACUACUCUCCGUCUCCUAAGGUCGACUACAAAUCUCCACCCCCACCAUACGUUUACAGCUCCCCACCACCACCGUACUACUCUCCUUCUCCUAAAGUCAACUACAAGUCUCCACCCCCACCAUACGUUUACAGCUCUCCACCUCCACCUUACUACUCUCCUUCUCCUAAGGUAGAGUACAAGUCUCCACCCCCACCAUACGUUUACAGCUCCCCACCACCACCAUACUACUCUCCUUCUCCUAAGGUAGAGUACAAGUCUCCACCCCCACCAUACGUUUACAGCUC